GAAGCUGAAGGUGAAGGUGAAGCUGAAGGUGAAGCUGAAGGUGAAGCUGAAGGUGAAGCUGAGAUGUUUCAGGUGGAGUUGCCUCGCGAGCGGAAGGCCAGAGAGAGCGCGGAGCGCCGCCAGAACUACGAGGCGGAAAGACGCCACAGGAUCUUUAAUGAGAAGUUCAGAACCAUCGGGGUGGAUAAAGAAGCUUUAGAUCGGCAGGUGAUCGAGAAGCUGAAACGAAAAUCAGAAUUAAAAAAUCAAGAAGACGCUCAGCAUGCUGAAGUGCAGCAGUACAACCGAGCAGCGGGCCUCCUCCAGAGGCGGCACGAGAAGGCGGACCGCUCGGCGCACCAGGCCCGAGCCGCCUUCUGGCACCAGAACCAGAAUCCUCAGAGCCGCCGCGAGUUCGACCUCAACGACCCGGACGCCCUGAAGAAAACCGAGUCCCAGAUGGUUCUGCCGGGCCUGCUGGGCGAGGACCCGCAGUCCGGCAGCCGGCAGCAGAGGCAGCAGGAGCAGCUGAGGGACUGGCUGCUGCAGCAGCAGAACGAGCUGCAGCAGAAACGGCUGAAGCAGAAGCUCGACGAGAUGCUCGACGACCAGUACAGACAGGAAGUAGGCCGCAGAGCGAUGGAGCUCCAGAACCUGGAGAUGGCGAAGAGAAAAGCCGACCUCAUCGACGACGCAAACUACAACGUAGCAAAGCUUGUGGAGAAAACGAACCGGGAACGGGAGCAGCGUGAGGACAUCGCGCUGAGCGCCCUGAGCAUCCCCGCCCUCUAUCCCGGCGCCAACAGGAAGGAUCCUGCAGAGACGCAGCAGCAGGUCACCCAGUUCCAGCUGCAGCAGGUUCUGGAGAGGAAGAGGCUGGAGAUGGAGAGGAAGCAGAGGGAGGAGGACCAGGACCGGCUCCUGCUGGACUCGGCCCGCAGCGCCAUGAUGCUGGAGCGGCUGCAGGAGAAGCAGAACAAGCAGCUGAGGAAACACAUGGACAGCGUCAACGCCCAGCUGGCCCACAUCCGGCUGCAGGAGAGUCCAGACCUGAAGAGGGGGCGAAUCGACGACAGCUUCUUCACCCAGUUCAACACCUGCACCAGAUGACGCACGACGACGUCACAGCGCCGCGGCGCCAUCAAACAUUAAACUGAAAUAAACCAUUCCCAGUUUAUUUUCACACCAGAACAAAAUGUUUAAAUCAACUUUACUGCUUUGCAUUCAAAUAGUUAAACUAUUGACAAAAUGAGCAACAGAAAAACAGCAAAGAUAUUUAUAGUU